AUGGUCCCUCUAUCGCUCGCCAAGGUCCCUUGCAAGCACAUUGUGGAGCUUGCUCGGGCUGAUGUUCUCAGCAAUCCCCAGUCAAGUAGACUGGUGAAAGAGUUUGCACGAAUUAGACCGGAUGAUGCAGAGGUGGCUGUGCACGCACUUUUGAGACGGAACAACCUUGUUCCAAAUGUUCCGAUUGAUCAUGCCUGUUUGGGCGAGGGUCCAAUGGUGAAGGAAUUUCCUUUUAUCAAAAUGUCCAGCUGGGUCAGGCAAUUGCUAGAGACUCGGCGGCUUCCCCUCCAUCUUUGUGGUGUAGAGGGGUUCGAGGACAUGGAAUACUUGCUGCAGGAAUUCUGGGACAGGUAUGAAAAAGUUUCUCCUGAACAUGAACUGUUCGAGAUGGCUCGCCUGCUGGAAGUAGAUCUGUGCCGGUGCAUUCCAGUUUAUAGUCACACAGACGAGGGCAGAUCCUUGAAGAAGGAGCCGCUUCUGGUGAUUUCAUGCCACGGAGCCUUGGGUCGUGGUACACAGGGCUUUCUCAAGCAGCGGAAGCAUUUGGAGCCUUUGGAAUCCAAUGAGCUGGGGAUGAAUUUCAUCGGCUCUUCAUUGACUUCGAACUUCUUGCUGGCUACCAUGCAGAAGCGAUGUUCAAAUGACCACCCAGAGGCUCUUGAGAAAUUGCUUGAAGUGGUGGCAGAGGACAUGUCGAGGUUGAUCCAUGAAGGAGUUUCCGCUGGUGGCCAACAUGUUAGAGUGGUACACCUUGGAACUACUGGCGACCUUCCUGCUCUAGGAAAGCUUGGUUGGUUCUUUCGGUCUUUCUCACAUGUACCAAAAAGACCCUCGUCAAGGACUGCAAGUGAAGGCAUAUGCCACUUGUGUCUUGGAGGACAGGAAGCAUGUGCGAGGACAGGUGCGGUGCAUUACCCGUUUGAAGAUCUGAGUGAUACACCUUGCUGGGAAGAGACGUUGAAUGCAGCUGUGCCAUGGGAGGAAGAACCGGUAUUUCUUCGAGGCAUUCCUUUGAACAGAAAGGAAAUCGCUGCUUGGUUCAAUGUGGAUUUGUGGCAUUGCUUCCACCUUGGCGUUGCGAAGCAUUGGGUUGCCUCCGCAUAUGCUUGCAUUGUUGAAUCCAAUCUUUUGCCAGAAACGUCUGUCGAAAGCAAAUUUGAAGGCAUUUCAACUCAGUAUCGAGCAUUCUGUCGACAAAGAAAGAUAGCGAUGUGGGUCACAGAGAUCACCCGAGAUACUCUGUGCUGGCCGCAAAGCAGUGCCUGCCCUGUGGGCAAGUGGAACAAGGGAAGCUGUUCCACGACAAUGAUGCUCUUUUUGGACCACUUUUGCCAAGAAGCUGUUGUUGGCAAGACUGACGAUCGAGUUCUUCUGUUGGUUGCUGAAGCCACCAAGUUCAUGAACCUGGCAUUGUCUGCAUUCUACUGCAGUGGCUUCUGGCUCCGACAAGCAGAUGCGAGAUGCCUAGUGCGAUGCCUCUUCUUCUUCUUGGGUGCAUACCAGACUUGUGCCCACUUGACUCUGCGGCUCAAGAAGAGGCGGUUCCCAAUCAUGCCAAAGGCACACUUUUUGGCUCACUUGGCCUUGAAAAUGAAAAGGCAAAGUGAGGUCCUUCUUUGGGUCCAGAACCCACUGGCAACAUCGGUUCAGUGCCAGGAGGACUACAUAGGGCGUCCUAGCCGUGUGUCACGCCGUGUGAGCAUCAGACAAGUUCACCGAAAUGUUUUGUGCAGAGUUCUGAUCCUAGUCCAACGUGCUUUAGACGCAGCAGCUUUUGAUAGAAGGGGGCUGGAGGGAGCUUGCAACAAGCGUAAAAGAUCAGAAAUGAUCUAA